GAUUAGGUUCAUCGACAACACUGAUCUGGCUGGCAUUGAUCAUCAAAUAACACAACUUGGGCUAGAGCUGGCAUCAACACUUGUUAUUGUGACCUCUAAGAGUGGAGACACCCCUGAAACCCGAAAUGGUCUACUGGAAGUACACAAGGCCUUUCAUCAAGCAGGGCUUGAAUUUGCAAAACAGGGAGUUGCCAUUACGCAAGACAAUUCAUUGCUUGACAAGACUGCUAUAAGCGAAGGAUGGAUUGCCAGAUUUCCUGUGUUUGGUUGGGUUGGUGGUAGAACUUCUGAAAUGUCUGCUAUUGGUUUGCUUCCUUCAGCUCUUCAGGAAAUUGAUAUAAGAGAUAUGCUUGCUGGUGCUGCAUUAAUGGAUAAAACAAAUAGGAAUAUUGUUGUUCGUGAUAACCCUGCAGCGCUUCUUGCCCUAUGUUGGUACUGGGCGACUAAUGGAAUAUGAAAUAAGGAUAUGGUUAUUCUUCCAUACAAGGAUAGCAUGUUAUUGUUCAGUAGAUAUUUACAACUGCUGGUCAUGGAGUCACUUGGAAAAGAAUUUGAUCUGGAUGAUAAUUGGGUGAAGGGAUCACAGUAUAUGGAAACAAAGGGAGCACAGAUCAUCAUGCUUACAUCCAGCAGCUGAGGGAGGGGGUGCACAAUUUCUGUCACUUUUAUUGAAGUACUACGUGAUCGGCCUGCCGGUCAUGAUUGGGAGCUUGAACCUGGUGUCACCUGUGGUGACUACCUUUUUGGAAUGUUACAGGGAACAAGGUCAGCCCUUUAUGCCAAUAAUAGAGAGUCUAUUACUAUAACAGUACAAGAGGUGACACCUAGAUCGGUUGGUGCCCUAAUAGCUCUCUACGAGCGAGUUGUCGGUAUUUAUGCUUCACUAGUCAACAUUAAUGCUUAUCAUCAGCCUGGUGUAGAAGCUGGGAAGAAAGCUGCGAGAGAAGUUCUAGCGCUUCAAAAGCGUGUUCUUGCAGUACUUGAUGAAGCCAGCUGCAAAGAGCCUAUUGAACCACUAACACUUGAAGAAUUAGCUGAUCGAUGUCACGCCCAUGAAGAUAUUAAAAUGAUCUAUAAGAUUAUACAACACAUGGCAGCAAAUGAUAGAGCUUUGAUUGCCGAAGGCAGCUGCGGUUCACCUCGUAGCAUUAAAGUGUUUCUGGGCGAAUGUAACGUGGAUGACUUGUAUGCCUAGUUAUAUUUACAACAUAAAAACAUUUAACCUUGUAUGCAAGCUACUAAGGUUUUGCCGAAGAAACAAACACUAUUCGUUCCAAAAUAAAC